UCCGGAGCCAUCACAGACCCAGAGGGGACGGUCUGUGACCAGCACUGCUGCUCCCCCUCCUCAACCCAGCUCCCUGUCCCACCAUGAAGCUCAUCCUCUGCACCGUGCUGUCCCUGGGGAUAGUGGCUGUGUGUUUCGCUGCUCCCCCCAAGACAGCCAUCAGAUGGUGCACCAUAUCCUCUCUAGAAGAGAAGAAAUGCAACAACCUCAAGGACCUCACGCAACAAGAGAGGAUUACAUUGACCUGUGUGCAGAAAGCAACGUACCUGGACUGCAUAAAAGCCAUUGCGAAUAACGAGGCAGAUGCCAUUAGCUUGGAUGGCGGUCAAGUGUUUGAGGCAGGCCUUGCCCCAUACAAACUGAAGCCCAUUGCUGCUGAGGUUUACGAACAAACUGAAGGCUCCACAACCAGCUACUACGCUGUGGCUGUUGUGAAAAAGGGAACCGAAUUCACCGUGAAUGACUUGCAGGGCAAGACCUCCUGCCACACAGGGCUGGGCAGGUCUGCAGGCUGGAACAUCCCCAUCGGGACGCUCAUCCGCCGUGGGGCCAUUGAGUGGGAAGGCAUAGACUCAGGCUCAGUGGAGCAAGCGGUGGCCAAGUUUUUCUCUGCCAGCUGCGUGCCUGGUGCCACCACCGAGCAAAAACUGUGCCGACAGUGCAAAGGGGACCCCAAAACCAAGUGUGCCCGCAAUGCACCUUAUUCUGGAUAUUCUGGAGCUUUCCAUUGUCUGAAAGAUGGAAAAGGAGACGUGGCUUUUGUGAAGCACACAACUGUUGAAGAAAAUGCCCCAGAUCAGAAGGAUGAGUACGAGCUGCUGUGCUUGGAUGGCAGCCGGCAGCCUGUGGACAAUUACAAGACCUGUAAUUGGGCCAGAGUGGCUGCUCAUGCCGUUGUAGCUCGGGAUGACAGCAAGGCUGAAGAUAUCUGGAGCUUCCUCUCAAAAGCACAGACUGACUUUGGCGUGGACACCAAGAGUAACUUCCACCUCUUUGGGCCACCUGGAAAGAAGGACCCAGUCUUCAAAGACUUGCUUUUCAAAGACUCUGCCAUAAUGCUGAAGCGCGUCCCCUCGCUGAUGGAUUCUCAGCUCUACCUGGGCUUUGAGUACUACAGUGCCAUCCAGAGCAUGAGGAAAGAUCAGCUGACUCCCAGCCCCAGAGAAAACAGGAUCCAGUGGUGUGCAGUAGGCAAGGAUGAGAAGAGCAAGUGUGACCGCUGGAGUGUGGUGAGCAACGGGGACGUGGAGUGCACCGUGGUAGACGAGACAAAGGACUGCAUCAUUAAGAUCAUGAAAGGUGAAGCAGAUGCUGUUGCCCUUGAUGGAGGUCUGGUCUACACGGCUGGUGUCUGUGGCCUGGUGCCAGUGAUGUCAGAACGUUAUGAUGAUGGAAGCCAGUGUGGCAGAGCAGAAGCACAACCAGCAUCAUAUUUCGCUGUGGCUGUCGUGAAGAAAGGCAGCGAUGUCAACUGGAACAAUCUGAAGGGCAAGAAGUCGUGCCACACCGCUGUGGGGAGGACUGCUGGCUGGAACAUCCCCAUGGGCUUGAUUCACAACAGGACAGGGAGCUGCAAUUUUGAUGAAUACUUCAGCGAGGGCUGUGCUCCUGGAUCUCCUCCUGACUCUCGCCUCUGCCAACUGUGCCAGGGCUCUGGGGAAAUCCCACCAGAGAAGUGCGUCGCUAGCAGCCACGAGAAAUACUAUGGAUAUACUGGAGCUUUACGGUGUCUGGUUGAGAGGGGUGAUGUGGCCUUUAUCAAGCAUUCCAUUGUGGAGGAAAACACUGGCGGCAAAAACAAAGCUGAGUGGGCCAAGGAUCUGCAGAUGGACGACUUUGAGUUGCUGUGCACUGAUGGGAGACGGGCAAAUGUUAUGGAUUACAGGGAGUGCAACCUGGCUGAAGUUCCGACCCACGCUGUGGUCGUGCGCCCAGAGAAAGCAAAGAAAAUCAGUGAGCUGCUGGAGAGACAGGAGGAACGGUUUGGAGUGAAUGGAAGUGAGAAAAGCAAGUUCAUGAUGUUUGAGUCUCAAACCAAAGAUCUUCUGUUUAAAGACUUAACCAAGUGCCUGAUGAAACUCCGCCCAGGAGUGACAUACAAGGAGUUCCUCGGAGAUAAAUACUAUGAAGGGAUUUCCAGCCUCAAUACCUGCAACCCGUCAGAUCUCCUCCAGGUGUGCACCUUCCUUCAGAACAACCCCACGCCGUUCCCUCAGCGCACAGCUCGGCGCUGCCCAUCCGUUCCCCGUGAGGAGCUGCAGCCGCCACGAGGGGAGCUCCGCUCAGGUCCCGUGCUCUGGGCUGAACAAACCAACAAACGCUGGCUGCUUUCGGACAGCCUUCCAUCCUUGCCCCUUUUUCUGACGGACUACAACUCCCAGCAGACCACGCGGCGCAGCGUGGGGAGAUACCGGAAGUGGCGUGUGAAACCGGAAGUAGUGUGGCGCGGCCGGAAGCCGCGCAGUGGGGACGUGUGCGUGCAGGCGAUCAUGGCGGGUGCCGUGGAGCCGUACUUGGACUCGCUGCGGCGGGAACUGCAGUCGCCCGGCCCUGCCGCUCUCUCCGUCCUUCUUGCCCUGAUCGUCGUCGCCCUCACGCUCCUGCUCUGGAGGCUCGCGCAAGGCGCAAGGAGCAGCCGCAGGGCCGUGCUGCUGCUGGGCCUCUGCGACGCGGGAAAGACGCUGCUGUUCGCCCGGCUGUUGACAGGCAAAUAUCGAGAUACGCAGACCUCCAUAACUGACAGCUCUGCCGUUUACAGAGUGAGCAGCGACAAGAGCACUAAUGUGACUUUAAUCGAUCUCCCAGGCCACGAAAGCUUGCGGCUUCAAUUCUUGGAGAGGUUCAAGGCUGCAGCCAGGGCCAUCGUGUUUGUGGUUGACAGCGUAGCCUUCCAGAGGGAGGUGAAGGAUGUGGCUGAGUUCCUGUACCAGGUCCUGGUUGACAGCACUGUUCUCAAAAAUGCACCCGCGCUGCUGAUCGCUUGCAAUAAACAAGAUAUCACAAUGGCAAAAUCUGCAAAACUUAUUCAACAGCAACUGGAGAAAGAGCUCAACACCUUACGAGUGACCCGCUCUGCAGCCCCUACCAGUCUGGAUGCCUCAGGGACUGGGGGCCCUGCUCAGCUGGGGAAGAAGGGCAAGGACUUUGACUUCUCUCAGCUGCCCAUGAAGGUGGAGUUUGUGGAGUGCAGCGCUCGUGGCAGCAAGGGAGAGGAGGGAGAUGCUGACUUUGAGGGCCUUGAGAAAUGGCUGGCCAAGAUUGCCUGAACAGAGGAGGGCAGGGUGAGAGGGAGAGACCUGAGGAGGUGGGGGAGUGAAAGAAAAUAGAUGGUUUGAAGUACUUGGAUCUUAUCAUAGGAGAAACUGAAAGCUGGAAAAGCAUUGCGUUGUCUUUCUCUGCUUGGGAGCAUGUAACAAUUACUGGUGUGAUUUCUGCUGUCUCUGUCACAACACCACAUUUUUUCCUUCUCUACUUUUUAUCCCGUGUUGCUGAUCCUGCUGUGGCUUCUGUAUUUCCUUGAAAUCUUUUGCGUUUUUCAUCAUCCAGCUGCCAGGCAACUUAGGAAGGAACAUGCUGCCAGGUGAACCUGUAGUUUGUCCUUUUCUGCUUUGUUUUAGCAUUGCAUUGCUGUCGCUUCGUGGAGUGACUGAUCACCUCCUGAUUUUGACUUCUUUCUGCAGCUUCUUGCUGCUUGGGAGUGCUGCCCUGACAGUGUGCACAGAUUCUCUCCACAGUGUAAUCACUAGGGUGAAUAUAAAAAGCUGUUGUCCUCUUGUCUUCUAUCUCCUUAUUUUUCUAGACUGGUGUAGUCCAGUUUCUGUGUACCUGGAGUAACUUGUUGAAUUUCAAAGGCAAGCUGUUUGAUCUGCCUUUGUCACUGUGCAGUGCCUGUGGUGCCUGGGUCUUUUGGUUGAUUACUUCUGCUGGACAGUUCUUGGGAGUUUUUCUUUCUGUCGGGGCUGUGUCUUGAAAGCUUGUUUCACUCUGUUCCUCUUCCUGUAUUUCAGGCUCUUUUCCUGACUUUGUAAGCACACUCCCUGUGAAUGACAGUUACAGAAUGGUCCUUGCUUGAACCAAUGAAAGUGGCAUAUUUUUGGAUUCAUGUGUAUGUUAGGAGUCAGAUUUGUCAUGCUUGUUGUGUCUCCUGCCUGUCUCCUCUCCAGUGUCUAUGAUAAAGAGACCAUUUUGUGUUUUUCAUCACAGCAGUUGCAGCAAAAUGAAUAGAGAAAGGUGAGCUGAUAGCACAUUAUCGUGGGCAUGAUUCUUCCUUAUGUGGAAGAUGCUCGGUGGAGAAGAUCCUGUGAUCUUUUCCCUGUUUGUUUGAGGUGAUUAAAGCCAAAUCUGCUGCUGUGGGUGAUCUCAUCAGUUAAUCUUCAGGGAAUGCCUGUUGCUGUAGCUCCUGGAGAGGCUCAGCUGGCUGCUCUGAGACUUGGAGCGGAGUCUGACUCGGUGUGCCUUAGACCUGAACUUUCCAAAGAUCCUUUGCUUUCCUGUUUCUUUGCUAUAGCUGGGAACAUUGGUUAUGUGAAGGGAGAACUUGCAGAAGCAUCUGUAUUGGUCAGGUGGGAGAUGAGACCCCAUGCUUCAGUUUUUCCUUUCUGAACAGCAACCUUAAGACACUUGUCAGUUGCCCUGCCCAGCAGCAUGAUGCUCUGGUGGGAUGCUGGCUCCACACAUCUCUGUGAGGAGGGUUGGUCUCCAGGAUUCAGAGCUGGGAAUUGCAAGGUCUUACUGCAUUGAAGUUUUUCCUCUCGUUUUAUUAUUUCCUGUUUAGUUCUAGACAAGGAGCAAGCUUAUGGCUCCCAAUGGACCUUUUCUGUCUUUUGUGGGUUUCUCUCUCAUUUAGUGCUUUCUUAAUGGCUCAUUUGAUCUUUUCCUAUGUUCUUUUCCUUUCUUUCUGGGCAUCCUCUAACUCCUUGUAGUAUUGCCAAAUGUUAGUACUGAUGGGAGGAACAAAAACAGGCUUGAGCAAAGACCUGUGCUCAUAGUGGAGCUCUGACGAUAACCUGGGAGAUGUGCUGUUCCACAUAGGAGGGGGGGAGGAUUGUACUUAGGGAGUGUGUUACAUUUUGGUAUUUGCUGCAGCCGAUGCAUUGCUGAAGUGUGUUUGUUGUGCUUCAGCUCCCUUUGCUGGAGAGUAUUGCUGUUUGCUUGAGUGGUAGUUCUGCUUGCUACCUUCUCUGAAAGCAGAGACUGAGCAUCGCCAUCUGGUGGGAUAAAGUAGCAUGAGGCCCUGUUUGGUUUUAAGUUAUUCUUUUUGAAAAAUAUUUCUGUAAUAAAGCAUUUGACAGAAUGUUUCUUCUCAA